UAUCGUGAGCUGCAAAUAGUAUAGCUAUUAUAUCAGUAAAAUAAAAUAUCCAAUAGUUGUUUCAUGCGGUAGACGCAGGUGAGAGCGGGAUUAUGAAACGCGCUCUUUUAGACUUUUAGACAUCAACAAACUAGCGCACAUGUUCAGCUUUUGUGCGUGAAUUCACAUGUCACAAUUGCAGUCAUGUCAGAGUUAAUGCCAAAUGUUGAUAUUGGAGAAGUCGAACGCGAUCAUACAUUCCUUGGUUUUGUGCGAUCCCUUCCGGAGAAACCGAACACCACAUUUAGGUUCUUCGACAGGAAUGAUUAUUACACUGUUCAUGAAUCUGAUGCGGAGUAUGUGUGCCGUGAGGUGUUCAAGACUAUGUCGGUGCUCAAAUAUCUUGGGUCAGGAGAGAACAAGGUUGGAUCAGUAUGUCUUAGCAAAGGGAACUUUGAGCCUCUUCUUGCUGACCUUUUACUGGUGAAGCGCUACAGGGUUGAGAUAUACCGCAACACCUCGUCCAAAGGAAAUUCUUGGACCCUCGCUGUCAAGGCAUCACCAGGUGACUUGACACAAGUUGAGGAUCUUCUCUUCACCGGUGCUGCCACUCUCUCCGAAACCAGAGGUGUAUUAGCUGUUAGCGUUAAAAAUGAUGGGAAACAACAGAUAGUGGGGAUUGCUCAUGGAGAUGCUAUUCUCCAGAAGUUGACUGUCGCAGAAUUUGUCGAUGACGAGCACUUCUCAAACUUAAGUGUUACCCUCAUACACCUAUGUCCACAAGAGUGUCUUGUGUCUGUGACAGACUGCAGAAAGAACACUAAACUGAAGACCAUUAUUGAACGGUCCAACAUACUUCUCACAGAGUGCAAAGCAUCCGAUUUUAGCUGCAGCGACAUUAACAGUGACCUGAGUCGUCUCCUGAAGCCAAGUUCAAUUCCCAGUGGACAAGUUAGCAUGUUGCCUCAGAUAGACAUGAAGGCAGCCAUGGAGGCGGUUGUUGCAGUUGCACAUUAUCUAGAUCUCCUCUCAAAAAGUGAAAACUUUGGUCAGUUUGAGCUGUCAACGUUUGACUUCAGUGAGUACGUUCGGCUUGACUCAUCUGCUGUGCAGGCAUUGGGCAUCAUCCCAACAACAGAAGAUCCGAGAGCAGAUGGCAGUUUGCUUUCACUGCUGAACAGGUGCCGGACACCUGGUGGACAGAGGUUACUAUCUCAGUGGAUAAAGCAGCCGCUGAUGGACGUCACGAAGAUGGAGGAACGACUGGAUGUUGUAGAAGUCAUGGUCCACGAUGCAGAAGUACGGCAUUGCUUGUAUGAUGAUUUCCUGCGGCGUUUCUCUGACCUCGCAAGGUUGGCAAAACGGUUACUUCGGCAGAAAGUUUCACUUCAGGACCUUUAUAAGAUGUACCAAAUGCUGCAAGUCAUUCCUAAAGUAUCAUCCACCUUGCAAAAGGCAGUAGGAAAAAGGAGAGGAUUCAUUUUACAGGAGCUUUUUGUAGUACCACUUAAGGAACUGGAGUCCGAUUUUACGAAGUACGUAGAAAUGAUAGAAACUACACUUGACCUUGAGAUGGUUGAGAACGGAGAGUUCAUGGUUAAGCCAGAUUUUGAUGAUAACCUUCAAGCUUUACGACGUGAACUUGACUCUGUCGAGAAGAAACUUAACGGACAGUUGAAGAGGGUAGCUCGAGACCUAGGGCUUGAAGAACACAAGACAGUAAAACUUGAAUCAAGCAAAGACCUCGGGUACUACUACCGGAUCACGAGGAAGGAGGAGAAAGUUCUGCGAGGAAAAUCCACGUAUAGCAUCAUUGACACGAAACAAAACGGAGUGCGGUUUCGAAGUCCGGACAUGCAUUCAGUCAAUGACACAUAUUUGUCCACCAAGAAGUCCUACGAUGAAGCCCAAGAAGGCAUUGUGAAGAUGAUGGUUGAAAUCGCAGCUGGGUACUCUGACCCAAUGCAGUCACUUGCCAAUGUGAUAUCGCACGUUGAUGCCCUUGUAGGACUAGCCAUGGCAGCUGUAGAUGCACCCAAAUCCUAUGUGAGGCCAAAGAUCCUUCCAAAGGGUUCCGGGAUAAUUAAACUUGCUGGUUUACGUCACCCUUGUGUGGAAGCUCAAGACAGCGUGAUGUUCAUUCCAAAUGACAUUGAGAUGAAGAAAGGAUCAAGCUCCUGCUAUAUUAUUACCGGUCCAAAUAUGGGUGGAAAGUCUACGUACAUUCGUUCCGUCGCGUUGGCCGUGCUGAUGGCUCAGAUUGGGAGCUUUGUACCCUGCGAUGCUGCAGAGAUAUCUGUGGUGGAUGCAGUGCUCACACGGAUUGGAGCUGGCGAUCAACAACUGAAAGGUGUUUCCACAUUCAUGGCGGAGAUGCUGGAGUCUGCUGCUAUUCUUAGGACCGCUACCGAGGACUCUCUGGUGGUGAUUGACGAACUAGGAAGAGGAACUUCAACAUAUGAUGGAUUUGGCCUUGCAUGGGCCAUAUCAGAGCACCUGGUGACGUCCGUAAAUGCGUAUUGUCUCUUUGCCACCCAUUUCCACGAACUUACAGCGCUUGCUGAUGAAGUUCCAUGCGUGCGCAAUGUCCAUGUCUUGGCAGACAUCACAGAGGAAAAGUUUACGCUGCUGUACAAAGUGAAGCCAGGUGUCUGCAACAAGAGCUUUGGAAUAGAAGUUGCUCAGUUGGCUCAAUUUCCAGAACACGUCAUUAAGGAUGCCAGAGAGAAGCUUGCGGAGUUCGAGGGCACAGAUGCUAUGGACGUUGAUGAUGGACCUGCGUGAACAUGAGUAAAUGCGAUGGAACCAGCUGUGCUACCUCAUAAUAGUUGUUGUAUAUUGUACCUGCUGUAACAUGUUCAGUGUAUGUGAAUGAAAGUUGGAAUCUCUC